UCAAUUUAUAAAACUGUCAGUGCCAUAUACAGUGGUCCAUUAUUCUAUUGUAAAACGUUUACACUACUUAAGCCCACGUCGCACGGACCCCCUGCGGUAAAUAUAAACCAGUGAGAAUGUACCGAGGAUAAAAACUUUUACGACACAAGAAUGAUUGAGUUAUAUUGUGUAGUGUAUAUCGUGUGAAGUUACAAACAUUGUGUAAAUAUCACAAACGUUGUACAAUGUCUGGUGCUACGCAAGACCGAUGGGGAAGUCAGCUAGAAUAUUUGCUAUCAUGUUUGGGAUACGCCGUUGGCAUCGGAAACCUAUGGCGGUUUCCCUAUUUGUGUUAUCGGAAUGGAGGAGGAGCAUUUUUGAUUCCGUAUUUCCUUACGUUAAUCAUAUGCGGCAUACCUCUUGUCUAUCUGGAAACAACGCUUGGACAAUUCGCUAGCGCUGGUUGCAUAUCGGUCUUCAAUAUUAACCCUUUAUUCAAAGGUGCAGGAUACGCCGUUAUAGUUCUAAAUGUAAUAGCUUCGAUAUACUUCUCGGCGAUUAUGUCAUAUCCAAUACUUUACAUAUAUCAUUCGAUGAGUUCACCAUUACCUUGGCAAAGUUGUGGCAAUUCCUGGAACACUGUGAACUGCACCGAAUAUCCAUUUCAGAUAACAGGAAACUCGAGUUUUUUCACAUCAAACGGAUCUAUCACUACGCCGGAAGACGAAUACUUCCACCGACACCUCUUGCAAGUCUCCCCGAAUAUCAACCAUAUCGGAAGUAUAGUUGCUCCAGUGUUCUGGUGCAACCUGAUUUGUUGGAUUCUUGUGUAUCUGUGCAUCUGUAACGGGGUCAAGAGCGUCGGAAAGAUCGUAUACUUCACCGUAUUGUUUCCUUAUGUGGUCUUGUCCGUUUUAUUCGUACGAGGGAUAACCCUCCCUGGCGCUUGGAAGGGGAUCAUGUUUUAUAUUUUUCCCGAUUGGGCACAGCUAGCUAAACCGAAAGUAUGGGCAGAUGCAGCAACACAAAUCUUUUUCUCUCUUGGUCCGGGCUGGGGUGGUCUCGUCAGCAUGUCCAGUUUCAACAAAUUUCACUACAACAACUUGCGGUCAUCCAUGAUUAUUCCAAUAGUGAAUAGUGCAACAAGCAUCUGGGCGGGUUUUGUUGUAUUCUCAGUGCUAGGAUUUGCUGCUGAACGUACUAAUGUGCCAGUUAGCCAAGUGGCGACCGCUGGUCCUGGGUUAGCAUUUGUUACGUACCCGGCUACGGUGACGAUGAUGCCAGCUCCUAAUUUGUGGGCAAUCACAUUCUUUGUAAUGCUGUUUUUCCUUGGAAUAGAUACUAUGUUCGUCACUAUCGAAGCUAUAAUCGCUGGAUUAUUGGAUGAGUUUCCUAGAUUCAAAUCACGUAAACGAAUAAUAGCUUUCAUCACCUGCGUCGUUCUUUUUAGUUUUUCUAUUAUCUGCAAUACUGAGGGAGGGCUACAUGUGAUUGGAUUACUAGACUCCCAUGUAGCCAUACUUUGUGUGCCGCUAGUAUGCGCGUUGGAGAUCAUAGCAGCUGUCUACACAUACGAAAACUUCAGUUUCGACGUACUGUUCAUGACCGGCCGACCUUUGAGACGAAUCUGGAUGGUAUUGUGGAGAUAUGUUAUUCUUUUCAUAUUAUUGGUGAUCACACUGUAUAGUCUUUUGGAAGUGUCGAGUUUAGCCGGCUGGUUCAUUACUCUCGUUUCCGUUGUCUGCAUACCGAUUUACGCAGCUAAAGUUUUACUACGGGCAGAAGGAAGUCUGUUGGAGCGAAUACGUGCUAGCUGCCGUCCUAGCAACGAUUGGGGUCCAUCGGAGCCAGAAAAAAGAAGGGAAUGGGAGUUGCUUAAAAAACAGAAAGCUGAUAUUUUUCCGUUGAAUGAUUUAGACAAGUAUUAAUAUUAAAGAAUAAUAAAUA